AUGCGCCGCGCCGCAGCGCCGCUGGCGACCGAGCCGCAGCUCCUGGCGGCGGCGGUCGAGGAGGCGAUCGCCUCCCGCUCGCCGCGCCUCGGCCGCGCUGCGCACGCGCGCGCUCUCAGGCUGCUCGCCCCGGCCAUCCCGCCCUUCAUCUGCGCCCACCUCGUCAACCUCUAUUCCAAGCUCGACCUCCCGGGGCCCGCCGCCGCCGCGCUGGCCUCCGACCCGAGCCCCACCGUCGUGUCGUACACGGCGUUCAUCUCUGGCGCGGCGCAGCACGGGCGCCCGGCCACGGCGCUCUCGGCCUUCGCGGCCAUGCUCCGGCUCGGCCUCCGCCCCAACGACUUUACCUUCCCCUCCGCAUUCAAGGCCGCCGCGUCCGCGCCGUCGUGGUCCACCAUCGGGCCCCAGGUUCACGCCCUCGCGCUCAGGUUCGGGUACCUCCCCGACGACCCAUUCGUCGCGUGCGCGGCGCUGGACAUGUGCUUCAAGACUGACCGCCUCGCGCUGGCACGCCGCCUGUUUGAGGAAAUGCCCAACAGGAAUGUGGUCGCCUGGAACGCAGUGAUGACCAACGCGGUGCUUGAUGGACGGCCCCUUGAGACAGUGGAGGCGUACUUUGGGCUCCGGAAGGCUGGUGGGAUGCCGAAUGUGGUCUCAGUCUGUGCGUUCUUCAAUGCAUGUGCUGGGGCGACAUACCUAUCCCUUGGGGAGCAGUUCCAUGGAUUCGUGGUGAAGUGCGGGUUUGAGAUGGAUGUCUCUGUCUCCAAUUCUAUGGUUGAUUUUUAUGGGAAGUGUCGAUGCGUCGGGAAGGCCAAGGCGGUGUUUGAUGGGAUGAGAGUUCGGAAUAGCGUGUCCUGGUGUUGUAUGGUUGUUGCAUAUGCGCAGAAUGGUGGAGAGGAGGAAGCUUUCUCACUCUAUCUUGGUGCAAGGAGAGCUGGGGAAGAGCCAACGGAUUUCAUGGUUUCCAGUGUGCUUACCACGUGCGCAGGACUGCUAGGCCUUGACCUUGGGCGUGCUCUGCAUGCAGUUGCUGUCCGCUCUUGCAUUGAUGCAAACAUUUUUGUUGCAAGUGCGUUGGUUGACAUGUAUGGGAAGUGUGGGGAUAUUGAAAAUGCUGAACAGGUCUUUUUUGAGAUGCCACAGAGGAAUCUUGUUACAUGGAAUGCAAUGGUAGGAGGUUAUGCACACAUUGGUGAUGCUCGGAAUGCACUUGCAGUGUUUGAUGGUAUGAUGAAGUGUGGAGAAACAGCACCUAAUUAUAUCACACUUGUCAAUGUGCUCACAGCAUGCAGCAGGGGAGGUUUGACAAAGGAAGGGUAUGAGCUGUUCAAGACAAUGCAUGAGAGGUUCGGGAUUAAGCCGCGCAUUGAGCAUUAUGCUUGUGUGGUGGACUUGCUUGGUCGUGCAGGAAUGGAAGAGCAAGCUUAUGAGAUCAUACAGGGGAUGCCGAUGAGGCCGUCCAUUUCUGUCUGGGGAGCGCUACUUGGGGCAUGCAAGAUGCAUGGCAAAACAGAGCUAGGAAAGAUUGCUGCUGAGAAGUUGUUUGAACUUGAUCCUCAGGACUCCGGCAAUCAUGUUUUGCUCUAUAACAUGUUUGCAUCUGCCAGCAGGUGGGCAGAAGCAACAGAUGUGAGAAAGGAGAUGAAAAAUGUUGGAAUCAAGAAAGACCCGGGGCGCAGUUGGAUCACCUGGAAAAAUGCUGUACAUGUUUUCCACGCUAAGGACACAAAACAUGAGAUGAAUAAUGAGAUCCAGGCGUUACUGGCCAAGCUCAAAAGUCAAAUGCAAGCUGCUGGGUACAUGCCAGACACACAAUAUGCUCUCUACGAUCUUGAGGAAGAAGAGAAAGAAUCAGAGGUGUUUCAACACAGUGAAAAGCUUGCUCUGGCUUUUGGAUUGAUCUGCAUACCACCUGGUGUACCUAUAAGGAUCAUGAAGAAUUUGCGAAUUUGUGUAGAUUGUCACCGAGCUUUUAAAUUCAUAUCUGCUAUUGUUGGUAGAGAGAUAAUUGUGCGAGAUAACAAUAGGUUUCAUCACUUCAAAAAUUAUGAGUGCUCAUGCAAGGACUAUUGGUGAAUGUUUUAUCCACAGGAUCUACUGACGCAUGCUUCUUUGGGCACCUCUAGAACCACUUCUGCAAAUGUAGAAGCAGGAUGAAAUCAUCAGGUGGUUGAAAGCUUUAUUUCUUCAAGUCCCUCAUCAAGAUCACUGCAACAUGUUGCUGAACUGAUAAUUGCAAGUGCUGAUUUUGAGACAGAUCUUGACUCCUGGCAAGUGAGUAAGGAGCAUUCACGAACACGGUUGAACGGAUGCUAGAUGUGCUACACUGCUGAGUUAAAGACAUUCUCAAGUCAUGGGCAGCAUAUCUAACCAUAAGAAGUACAAGCUUGUCAGCAAUACACAAGCUAACCAGAAUACGAGGCUCAUGAGAAUCCUUGAAGAAACAAGAGAGGCUGAUGGUGAAAGUGACAAUACGAGAGAGGAUGCAGGCUGUCUGCCUUCAGAUAUUGGACUGCAUCCACAAUCUGCACGAGAUCCUGGACUAUAUCUUUGCAUUGGAGAUGCAAAAGCUGCUGGGCAACGAUCCUCCAGGACAAGGACCUGGAUCCACCAGUGAUCAACGACCGCUCCAUCCUUUGCAAAGGCGUGUGGCAAGUGUUGGAAGUGUUGGGGGGACUGAAUUAACGCGGGUUGCUUCAGCAAAAGGCUAGUUUUGGUGUUGGUGUUGGUGUUGGUUGUGUUUAUUUUUUGUUGUUCAGAUUAUAUACGGUUUCAGACGACCAAUUCUUUCUGUUCAUAGUGUGGUGUUGAUUGUUCAGAAAGAAUAAACAAAGACACAAGUUGUCACUGGUAAGCAGGUAUUUCUUUCCAAAAGAAGACAACGUGUGCGCGCGCUUGCGCUUGCGCUUGCUUC